AUGUUGCACGAUGUAGCGGAACAAAUAUGUGUCAUAGAAGACACACGUCGUAUUUAUGAAGAUUAUAAAUCUGGUUUAACCAGUAUUGAGGAAACCGAUAUGCCACAAUACAAAGCACCCUUACGUGAUAUGCACUUCGUUUUGCAUGAGUUAUUAAAUGCUGAAGAACAUUACGCGAAACUCCCUGCAUUCCAAGAAACCGUAAGCCGUGAAUUGAUUGAUCAAUAUUUAGAAGCUGGCGCGGAUUUCUGUGAAAAUGAAUUAUCUCCACUUAACCAAAUCGGUGACAGUGAAGGCUGUAAAUGGAAUGAUGGUGUAGUGACUACGCCUACAGGCUUUAAAGCAGCGUAUGACAAAUAUGUAGAAUUAGGCUUCCCUUCUCUUUCAGUUCCAGAAGAACAUGGCGGUCAAGGUUUACCAGGUUCUUUAGCAACGGCUAUUUCUGAAAUGGUUGGUUCUGCAAACUGGGCGUGGGGUUCUGACUUAGGCAUUAUCCGUUCUAAAGCUGAGCCACAAGCAGAUGGUAGCUAUGCAAUUUCUGGCGAGAAAAUCUUUAUCUCUGCUGGUGAACACGAUAUGGCGGACAACAUCGUUCACAUCGUUUUGGCUCGUCUACCAGGCGCACCUAAAGGCACUAAAGGGAUCUCGUUAUUCAUCGUACCUAAGUUCAAUGUAAAUGCAGAUGGCUCUAUUGCAGACCGUAAUGCAGUACGUUGUGGUUCAAUUGAACACAAAAUGGGUAUCCACGCAUCUGAAUCUUCUUUCCAAGGUGCACUUGCAUAUGCGAAAGACCGUUUGGCAAUGCGUUCACUUUCUGGUCCUAAAGCACCAGAGAAAGAAGCUGAUCCAAUCAUUGUUCACCCAGCUGUACGUAACAUGUUGAUGACACAAAAAGCCUUUGCUGAAGGUGGUCGUGCAUUGGUUUACUUCUUAUCUCAAUAUGCAGAUAUCGUAGAGCAAGGUGUUACUGAAGAAGAUCGUAAAUUUGCCGACAAUAUCUUGUCAUUAUUGACACCGAUUGCGAAAGCAUUCUUAACUGAAACAGGUUCUGAAUCAGCGAAGCAUGGUGUACAAGUAUUUGGUGGUCACGGCUUUAUUUCUGAACACGGUAUGGAGCAAAUUGUACGUGAUACGCGUAUCUCUUGCUUAUACGAAGGGACAACUGAAAUCCAAGCACUUGAUUUGUUAGGUCGUAAAGUAUUGGGUACGCAAGGUGCAAUGUUGAAAGACUUCACCAAGAUCAUCCAUAAAUUUGCAGAAGCAAACAAAGACAAUGCUGACCUGAAAGAAUUUGUUGAACCACUUGCUGCUCUUAACAAAGAGUGGGGUGAUUUAACCAUGCAAAUCGGUAUGAAAGCUAUGCAAAAUCCAGAUGAAGUAGGCGCAGCUGCGGUUGACUACCUAUACUUCUCUGGUUAUGUAACGCUUGCAUUCUUAUGGGCUCGUAUGGCGCUUGUUGCUCAACAAAAACUUGCUGAAGGCUCUACUGAAACUGGCUUCUAUAAUGCAAAAAUUAAGACUGCUCGUUUCUACUUCAAGAAAAUCUUACCACGCGUUCGUUCACAUGUUGACGUGAUCGCGGGUGGCUUAGAUCCAUUGAUGUCAUUAGAUGCUGAAGACUUUGCAUUCUAA